AUGGCGGUUGUCGCUUAUCGAAUCAUCCCCGAUUGGCUUGACGGCAAUCUCAUCUCCGCGCGCCUCUUCACCAUCUCCGCCUUCCCCGACGGCACGACGCAGCUCAGUCUCGUCACGGGGAGGGGCGCGGAUGACGAGUUUCCGCUCGAGCUGCCCGGCGUGCUCGUCUGGGAGUCCCCCGCGCGCGCAAAAUUCCACCUUCAGACGCUCCUCCCGCCGUCGUCCCGACCGCCCGCGAGCUUCGCCGCGUCGCCCUUCGCCAAGGUUGCUGGUAACCGGGUGUCGCCACCAGCGGCGCCGCUGAAGGGCGCCGUCGCAGGGCCGUCGUCCGCGUCGUCGCUGUCGUCGCUGGACGCUGCGGAGAGGCUCAAGGCGACGUUUCAGCGAGCUGGCCUGGGCCGAUUUGCCACUACAGCCGGUCCGCUCUCAUCCGUGCUCCCAACUGCUACGACUUCUGCCACAUCUUCCGCCGCUACAGCCGUGCCUCCUUCCGCGAUUCGCGCAGUCGUGCCUGCUUUACCUCCGCGCCCCCCCUCGAGCCGAUCUGCGGGCAGCGGUGGCGUCGCCUGUAGCCAGCAACGGUUCAGCCAAUCAGGACUCAGUAUCGGCGGCGCGAACCUCCACAAAGCGGGACCCAUGAGUCCCACCGGGAAGGAGGAGCAAAGCUCGAAGCGCCUUCAGCUCCGCGCUCUGCAGUAUUUGACUGGAUUGAAACAAGAUCGUGGAAGCACGUCCAAGGAAAGUUCGUCGAAGUCAGUCGCGGCGGUUCCAUCCAAGCGUGCUCGAUCCGAGUGUGACAGUAACGAGGUCUCGCCUGACGAAUCUAGAAGGUUACGAUCGCGUGUGGAAGUAACAAGAGACACACACGCCGGCAGUGGUGACGUCGCGGUUACCAGCGGGGUUGCGGCGUUUUCUCCCCCGCAAGUGGCUUUUUCUGCUUCCCGCGGUUCUUCCGCGGGGGCUUCUGCCAGGGCUUCCGCCGCGGAAAGUUCCGCCUCUGCUUUGCCUUCUGCCUCUUUUGUUCCUUCCGCCAGCAGCGCGGAGUGGUCGCUGAAGCGGCGAGCGAUUGGUGCACUUCAUUACGCGGACGAGGCACACUGCCUUGGCGCACGCAUGGGCGCUGGCGGAGGGGCCUUCGCGGGAUUCGGCAAAAGGUCCAGCGGGAAGGAUGGGAAUGUGUUCGGGCAGCAAAAAGCGAGCCAGCAAACGUCGGAAUGGUCAGACGGGCAGACGAAAAGGGUACCUGUGCCGAAGUCUACCUAUAAUCGCGUGCCUGUUGCGGGAGAGAUUCAAACAAGCAAAGCAGCGAGACCAUGCGACGCGGACACUUCGGGAACGGAUUCAUGCAGAUCUGGUUUGCCCGCGUGGGUGCGAGAUCUUGAGGGCCUCUGGACGGGAGUUUUCGGGCAGCAUGGGGUUGAAAUUCUCAACGUUGCGGUUGAGAACGGUGAAAUUGUUGCUACGAAAAUCGUUGGAGAUCCCAAUGUGCCUGGAGGGCACGUUUCGUUCAAGGCUCGGAUCGACUCGGUGCAAACUGCUGCAGACGAGAGUGACCGGUGGAAUGAAGUGGUUGGACAGGCGAGGAGAUUGAUUCAGGCGCAAGGGCAAGCGGUGGAUCCUGCUUUGGGACAACAGCUUCAGUUCUCAAACUUAUUGGAAGGGGAGGGAAGAAUAGCAGACUACAACUUCAAGAACCCACAGUGGCAAAGCUCGGCUGUUCCGCUGACUUAUAUUUCCUACCAGGUUGCAAUGGCUUCCGCAACUGUCGCCGGCAUUUCCGCACCAGCCUCCGCCGUCCUCAAGAGUCAAACCUCGGAUAGAAGAUCCCUUAGCGCUUCCACUCCCCUCGUGGCACGGCGGCUUCCGUCCGUUAAUCUCCAAUGCCGAUUCGCUCUGAGAAGACCUACCCAAAUUAACGCAAUGCUUGGCGGCGGAGGUGACGGCAAGACUGAGAAAAAAAAAUUUAUCACCUCAGCGGAGGAGCCUGAUGAAUAUUGGCAGAGUGCUUCGGAGAGAGAGGGAAAAGGCCCCAUGAGCACAGUUCUCCCUUAUAUCGCCAUUUUCGGACUGCUCACACCAUUCAUUAUCCUUGGGAUUGCAUUUGCCAGUGGCUGGAUCGAUGUUCCAGCCAGGUGA